AUGCUCGUGUUCUGCCCCAAUUGCGCCAAUAUCCUCACUGUCUCGGCAGUUGGCUCGGUUCGCAACCGCCUUGAGUGUCGCACAUGCCCUUUUGAACACCCCAUCACAGCACCCAUCUACUCGCGCCGCGAGUUCGAGCGCAAGGAGCGCGAGGACGUCUUUGGCGGCCCUGGCGAGUGGGAUAAUGCCGAUAAAGCACGCGCGCAGUGCCCCAAGGAAGGAUGCAAUGGCGAUGAGGCGGCCUUCUUCCAAGUUCAGAUCCGGUCUGCGGAUGAGCCGAUGACAACGUUCUUCAAGGUAGGCAAUGUGGUGCCCCGCGAGGCAAGACCUUGA